AUGUUGCAUUCAAGAAACUCUAGCUUACCUCUACUUAUGAAAUCUCCUUCCAGGCUUAAAAGAAAAGCAAAAAACCCUAAAAAGUUCUACUCGCCCCAAAAAAGUCCUAUACAUCCCAGAGAUUCAGCUCGGAAUGAGCUGAAUACUGCUGCAAUAACUGAGCGAUUUCUUUUGAAAUCGCAAAAGUCAAAAAUGCGAGGAACUAUUGACAGCGUUCCAAGUGCUGUUGGAGUUGAAGCAAGGCUUGAUUACUUCGAUUCCUUUAAAAAUCUGCCAAAAUUGUCACAACGUAACAAUUAUGAGCAGCUGGAAGACUCCCCAAACCUCGCUUAUUUAAAUCAGUUACAAGCACACCAUUUAAUGCCAAAACCUUUUGGGAUUGUAAGAAGAGAAGGCAGCGAGACUAAGCUAGAUAUCCACGGCUUUUCUAUGGGCGACUAUUAUGCUGAUGCCUUCUCAGAAGGAAUUAAGCGAGUUCACGGCUUAGAAAGCCUGAACCUAAAAUCAAAUAGACUCACUGAACGAGGAAGCGCCACUAUUCUGUCAAAAAUUUCGAACCAAAAGUUAAAAGAGCUUUCCCUUGCAGAAAAUAAAAUUGGGAUGAAGUCAGUUGAUAAAAUUGUUGAAAUUGUUGAUAAAUUCAAUUCUAAUUUAAAACACCUGAAUUUAGAAAACACAGGGAUCAGCAAUGUAGCGGUUUCUAAACUGUGUGAUGCGCUAGCUCUAAAUAGGCAGCUGACAAGGCUUAAUUUGGCAAGAAAUAAUUUGGGAGAAAUUGCAUGUAGAGCUAUAAGUAAGCUAUUGAGAGUAAAUGACUCUAUUAAGAGGCUAGAUCUUCAUUGGAACUGCAUCAGGGAUGAAGGAGCUAUUUCACUUUUUAACGGUCUUGCAGAAAAUACAAAUUUGCGAGAGCUUGAUGUAUCCUGAAACUCUAUGGGGAAUAAUCCAAUCCAAAGCGUUGCAAGUGCAGUCGGAGACGCAUUAAAAGUUCACUUGAACCUUCUCCACAUUGAUUUGUCAUAUAACUAUUUUUCUAUAGAAGAAUGCAAAAGAAUAGGGAAAGGCAUACAAAAUAACCAUUCUCUGCUGGGGAUUCAUAUGUCAGGAAAUGAUUGUAUGCUGAAUUCUCGAGGCUUCAUUAUCCCUGCACAGAACAUUGCAAAAUAUAACCAAAGCCAUUUUUUCCAAAGGAUUAUUGAGCCAAAUGUGAAAAAUUUAAAUACAGAAAAAAGCAUGUGCUGGGUGUGUGAAAAGUGGGUUGAAAUGGAAUUUUAUAUAAAAAGUGAUGAAAUAUUGGAUGAUCCAGUGUUUUUGCAUUUAGAGUGUGAUGAGUGAGAGCCUGAUUUAAUGAUAAAGCAACCGGAUGGAGGAUUUAAGCUGAUAAGGGCAGUGCCACCAGGUGAAGUAAAAUUUUUCUUUACAUACAGAGGCAAGUUUGCUAAGUCGUCUAACUAUAAGUUGCAUUCUCUUGAUUUUCCUAUAACAAAAGAAUUCGAGUUUUGGGCCAAGCACAAAGAAUUUAUAACUAUAAAUACCAUUCAAUCCACCCCUUCCUCAGGAAAACUAUAUAAGCUUUAUGGAAAUUUCGACACAAAGCCCAGAAUCCCAGGGUUAAUCUAUAAACCUCCAGACGACGAAUAUAUAAAGCCACCUUGAGACUUCAAUACUUCUAUAUUCAAAGACUAUAUUUUUAACAGUCAAAGGCUUCUAAAUGACUGCUUUGAGUUUGACUGAAGACAUGCCAGAAUCUCUAAUUUCAUUAAAGACAGCAACGACAGAUCAAGCACCAAAGAAAUCUUACGCAGUUACUAUUCCUUUUUCAAAGAGACCUAUAAAUACCUUGCGUCGUUCAGUGGCUCAGAAAUUUUUUCAAUUGGCUCAAAUAUUUUUACUGAUUUUUUAAAUCAAUGCGGAAUUAUUGAUAGUCUUUAUGAAGUCAGCGAUUUAUAGUCCAGGGCCUGCUUUAGAUAGGGCAACAAUAAUUGUCAAGUCAAUGUACCUAUAUAGAUUUCGCUUGUAAACUGAUGGAUUGACGACUGUUCUGGGAGGUAUUUUAUACCCAGGCGAUCUAAAGCAAGCCCUGGGCUAUAGGAGUUAACUGAAAUUCUUCAAAAAUCCAAAAAGAAAAAGGCCAGAUGUAUAACCCUGGGAGUGCCCUAGUUCGUUAUGAAUUUAUGGAAAUCUUGGUAAGGAUUGCCAAUGACAGAUAUGUGAGGACUAAAAUUUGCCCUACAUAUUCUGGUGCAAUUCAAAAGCUCCUCAAUUGGUUUAUGAAAUCCAUCCCCCCACCCCUUAACACCAAACUACCUAUCUUGAUAAUAAGAAUUAAUAGAUAUUUUAGUUCCACCUUUAAGAUAUUAAAAGAAUGAUUAUAUAAAUUUUAUAGUAAUUUUUUUUCAAUCCAAAUUCAAUAUAAUUUUAAGAGCAAAUAUUAAUUAAACUUGCAAAAUUUAUAUUUUAAAAUGCAAGUUGUUUAAAAUUAAAAAUAAUGCUAGGAAUUUCAUUAUAAUAAUUAUUAAAUAUAUCAAAAUAUUAUUUCUUAAAAAUUAUUUUGUGUUUAUGGAAAAUUUCAAGGUUUUUUUCCGUCGCAGAAGGGCUUCUCUAUAUUUCUCAUAAUAAAAAUAUGCUAUUUGGUAUUAAUAGGGGAGAUUUUAUGUCUAACCACUCAAUGACCAUUUAAUGCAAAUUAUGCCUCAGCAUAAUACAGAACUCUGAAGAAAAGAACGGUAUAUUUGUGAAGAAGUUGAUGUUGUCUAUAAAGCUAAGAAGGCAAGCUUAGAUUGGCUUUAUAAAAAAUAUAGCGGCAAAAAAACCCUCCCAGGACAAAAAAAUUUUAUGUGUCUUGAAGAGUUUAGGCAGCUUUGCAACGAUGUGGGUCUUUUGAAUGAUAAUAUGGCAGCGAGGGAGAUUGAUUUGUGCUUUUCUCAAGCUAUGAUGAGCCAAGUAGAUGAGAUUUAUAAGAAAAGGCACAUAGAAAUGAGUUUUAUUGAAUUUUUAGAAGCUUUUGGAAGAGCUUGUGAUUUGUCAAGUCGGUUUGAAAACGGUGGAAACUCACCUGGACAGACCAUCAGACUGUUAAGGGAACGGCCAUUAUAUGAAAAAAUUCAUGCUGUUCUUAAGUCUAUCCUUUUUCUAUUAAAUAAUCCUAUAUUAUUUUGCUCGCCUACGGCGAGCCAUUUAUCCACCCUAGCAUAUUAACAAUUGUUAA